GGUGCUGCUCCAUCUAAAAUCUCACUCACCUUCCAAGCUGUUGAAGCAAAACCAACAACAAAUGAAGUCAAACCCACUCCUCCUCCUCUGCGAUCUGGGACAUUUGUUCCUCAUUUUAAAUACUUCUACAAGCAUCACAGAUAACGACAGAAACGUCACGCUUGGUUUGCGUGACAAGUAUUUUAAUAAACUUUUAAAAACGUUUCUGACGUUAUAAAAAAGUCAAAAUUUGACUCAGUUUACAAGAUGGAAAUCGUUUCUCCUCACCUUCUACAGAUGACUUUGAGGAGAACAUGAAUCCAAAACACUUGAAGCACAAUCUUCUCGAGGUUUUUAGAAGAGUGGGUAAUGGGAAGACAUAAAAUUCAACUCUACACUGCUGAGAGUGGUGGAGAGGGAAGAGUGGGGUUGGGUGGCAGAUAGGAAGAAAGAUUUUUACUAAAUUAUAUUUCCUUAAUCCUUCACCCCUUCAAUUCUACUGCAAUCUUUCUUCAAAC